AUGGGACAUAACAGUCGUAAUUCAAGCUGGGACCUGUUAGCGGGGUUUCGGGACUUUGAAGCGGGAUAUGAACACUUUGAAUCGAGAAAUGCUAGCGAGGCAUACUUGGCGUUCGCAGAGGGCGAUAUACCACAGAACAGGUUUGCAAGAUUCUAUCACUAUUUACUCGCUGCAUCCAUCGUCACACGAUGGACACUCUUUAUCGUCCCAGUGCUCGUGCUCCUGUGGAUCCCAGGUAUACUUGGCCUCACCGCAUUUCCACAUGCAGCUAUCUGGGGAGUGAAGUUGAUGUGGUGGAGCAUCUGGUUAAGCGUGUUCUGGGGAGGAUGGUGGGCAUCACUUGCGACUGCACGAUCUCUCCCUGCCCUAGCACGCAAUACGGUUGGCGUCGUCCUAGUCGGUGCACGAAAGUAUAUCGACUGGAUCAGUGUUCUCAGCCGCUACGUGGCGCUCUUCAUAUGGACUCUCGUCUCUUGGAUUUCCUUCAACCCUCUUAUCAAUGCUCGCCAGCACAACGCUACAAAAGGCGGGGUGCAAGCGGUGGACAUCGUCGCGAAGCUACUGUUCGCGUUAUGGAUCGAUGCGGCGAUUCUCGCUGCCGAGAAAUUCGCGAUACAAUGGAUUGCAGGGAAAUUCCAUGAGCGGUCCUAUGCUGAUCGCAUCGCUGAUCAGAAAUUUGCCGUCAAGGUGUUGACUCUGCUCUACCGCAACUCCAGAGAUAUUCCCGGGCGCACCGAUACGCUCAGCAGCAAAGCUGUCAUGACGAAGGACAAACGCAUGAGUGUUGAUCCGAGGAAGUUUUUCAAGCGCGCGCUCAAGGGAGUUAAGUUCGCGGCUACGACCACGACCACCGCACUCGGUAAUGUAGCAUCGGAAAUGACUGGAAGUUCGGUUUUACAGCCCAACUCGCCCCAGGCCAUGGUGCAGACUGCACUUCAAUCGGCCAAUAAGACCAGAUUGCUCGCUCGAAGGUUAUUCUAUUCCUUCCAGAAGGAGGGUCACGAUUAUCUCCUCGUGGAUGACAUCCAGCGAUUCUUCCCCGCUCGAGACCAGGCCGACGCCGCGUUCUCCAUCUUUGAUAAGGAUAACAAUGGAGACGUCACAAGGGAGGAGAUGGAGCUGGCGUGCCUAGAGAUCCACCGUGAACAACUUUCUAUCGAACAUUCAAUGAGGGAUCUGGACAGCGCUGUGGGACGCCUUGAUAACAUCCUCAUGUCCCUUUAUGUGAUUGUUGCCAUAAUGCUCAUCGCAAUCGUUUUGGAUACAAGCCUCAUAUCUCUCGUCACCGGCGCUGGAACGCUUAUUGUUGCGUUGAGUUGGCUCGUCGGCGAUGCUUUAUCAGAAGUACUCUCCAGUAUCAUAUUCCUCUUCAUCAAACAUCCCUUCGACGUAGGCGAUGUCAUCAACCUUGAAGAGGAUGAGGACACGUAUACCGUCAAGGAGAUAAGGUUAUUGAGUUCCAUCCUCGUCAAUGGCAAUGGUGCUUUGGUACAGGCACCGAACGUAGUGCUCAAUGGCAAAAUGUCGGAGACAUUUACGUUUGAUGUCUCAUACGACACCACUUUCGAGCAGAUUGAGGAUUUGCGCGCGAGAAUGAUACUAUUCCUACAAGGAGAACGCCGAGAUUUCCAUCCUGCUUUCGACGUGCAAGUCGUCGAUAUACCUGAUCAAGAAAAGAUGUCGCUGAAAGUUGAAAUCAAGUACAAGAGCAACUGGCAACAAGGCGCUCUCCGAGCGAAGCGCAGGAACAAAUGGGUGUGCAUGCUCAAGACUAAGCUCGCAGAAAUACCGAUCUACGGACCCGGUGGCAGUCCCGACGUCAAGCCUACUGUCUCGAGGUACACAAAGGUACCUUGGGAAACGGUGCAGGAUGAAGACCGAAAAGCGGGUGAGAAACAUCCCGCCAAGGAGCGAAUGCCCACAGGAGGCUGGCAUUUGAGUGACAGCAAUUACCUGAGUUCGUUGAUUCAUCACUGUAUCGGUUUUCCCUAA